CCGUUCACCUGUGCCUAACCUGUUUAUCUCUGCUGCUCCUCUGACUGGUCGCUCAAGGAUAAAUUCAAAUCCUCGUCGUUUGAACAGAAAGUUUGAGUUUCCAGUGAUUUUCACAGAAUAAACGCUCCAGGCUGCCGCAGUAAAUUUCUGUAAAAGGUUUAGUUUAAAGUUUAAACUCGUCGCCUGUGUGGACUUGGACCUCUGUCAGUCAGGUUAUUGCUUCAAACAAGGAAGUCCGCUCUGUUGAACCCGUCGUGGAUUGUCGCAUCGACGGGGGGCCGUUUGGAAAUGGCAGUGAAUGAGGUCUGCUGGCUGUUCUGAGAGGCCAUUUUAUUCUGCAUGUUGAUCCUAUAACGCUGGCUUUGUGUGGACAGCGUCAUCUAAACGGGAUAAAGUUGCUUCCACCGUCCCUACAAGGUGAGCUGUGUAUAAAGACGGAGAAUAGCAAGACAAUUUUAAAGGGACAGUCUGUCACUUCCAUCUACAGUGAUGAACAUUUCAUUGCAAGACAUGGAUUUAUCAACCGAAAAUAACUCCAUUGUACACCUGGAUGCACCGAUUCUCCCAGACAAGUCAGACAUCUCCAACAUGACCAUCAUUGAGACAAGCAAUGGCACAAUCAUAGAAGACCAGCUGUUUCUAAACACACUGGCUGCUCAGGGCCUCUCAGGGAUAUUUGUCUGGUCCGCCUUGCUCAUGACAUGCCACCAGAUCUAUACACAUCUUCGAUCCUACACUGUCCCCAAUGAGCAGCGCUACAUCAUCCGCAUCCUGUUUAUCGUGCCAGUUUAUGCCUUUGAUUCAUGGCUCAGCCUGCUCUUUAUCAGCAACGACCAGUACUACGUCUACUUUGAUUCUGUUCGAGACUGCUACGAAGCAUUUGUCAUUUACAAUUUCCUGAGCCUGUCCUUUGAGUAUCUGGGAGGAGAGAGCGCAAUCAUGUCAGAGAUCCGAGGGAAGCCCAUACAGUCAAGUUGUCUGUAUGGCACCUGCUGCCUCGUUGGAAUGAGCUACUCCAUCGGCUUUUUGAGAUUCUGCAAACAGGCGACUCUCCAGUUCUGCGUUGUCAAACCCAUCAUGGCAGUCAUCACCAUCAUCCUCCAGGCCCAUGGCAAAUAUCAUGACGGAGAUUUUAACAUAAAUGGAGGAUACCUAUACAUCACAAUCAUCUACAACUUCUCAGUCAGCCUGGCUCUGUACGCUCUCUUCCUCUUCUUCUUUGCAACAAGUGACCUGCUCAGACCAUACGAGCCAGUGCUAAAGUUUCUCACAAUCAAAUCUGUCAUCUUCUUAUCUUUCUGGCAAGGAAUGGUGCUCGCCAUCCUGGAGCGCUGCGGCGUCAUACCCAACGCGCUCUUCAUCGAUGGCCAACAGGUCGGCGCCGGCACCGUGGCAGCGGGCUGGCAGAACUUCAUCAUCUGCAUUGAAAUGUUCUUCGCUGCCAUCGCCCUCAGAUAUGCCUUCACAUGCACCGUCUACCAGGAGAAAAAGAGUGAAGUGCCAGAGGACGUCCCACGUAUGCAGAGCAUCUCCAGCGGUCUGAAGGAGACUAUAAAUCCAGGAGACAUGGUGCAGGAUGCGAUCCACAACUUCUCCCCAGCCUACCAGCAGUACACCCAGCAGUCCACACAGGAGGUGGUCCAGCCCAGCACGAACGGAAAAGUGUCCUCAGGCAACAAGAGCUCCCACAAACCUGACAAAAUCAUGCUGAUUACCUCUGAUGACGAAUUCUAGGCAUUUUCCCAGCAAGAUCCAGGUGUUUGUGUCCUUGCCACCCCUAUCUCUGACCCCCUGGGGAAACAGCUGUAUGGCAUAUCACACAGAGCUGGAGUGAAUCCAGGUGUCUAAUUUUCAUGAUCCCAGUAUUUAAGGUGGACUGCAUACUUCUGUCCUGUUUUAAUAAAUAAUUUAAUCACCAAAAGGAGGAUGAAAUUAAUAGCAGUUUUUAAAAAACGAUAGCUGAUCCAUCUCUUUCUGGGCAGUAAUAAUCACAGGAAAAUGCCAUGUCACCUUCACCGUAUCAGAGACAUCUGGAGCUGUGCGUUUUCUUUAAAUCAAGGUGCAGGAUGUUCAGCAGUGUCCCUGAUCCUGAUUCUGUUUCGUUCAUUAUGUCAGCGCUUGCUCUCUGGCCGUCUGAAGUGCGCUCUCUCUGAUUCAUGUCAGUUUCAAAGAGGAGAUGAUUAAUAUGUGACUCCGGGAGGGAUGCAGGGAAGCCAGCAAUGGCUGGGAAUGACACUUUAUGGACCGUCUCUCGCAUCUGCUUGUUUGAAGUAUUUGCUGAGCAUUCCUCUGCAUGGUUUCCUGACAAAUGGAAAGAUUUGUUCAGAGACACUUUCGUUUUGGAGCAGGCACUUCAAACUGCAGACUAUAGCACUUCGCAGUCCUUUGUGUCUACCGUAGCAUGGACAAAUUGGAUAAACCUGUCUCCUACAAAGUGGGAGUUGUGUUAUUCUCAUUAAUUUUCCCAGCAUGCUAAAGAGUUUAAUUCAGUGCAACCAGACAGCCAUUCAACAGACGCUAACAAUUAGUCUUUUUUGCAACUUCUGCACUACUGUAGAAGCUUUUGGCAGAAACUUUUAAUGUUUGACGUGUUCACAUCAAUAUUCACGUUGUAAUUCCACAUUCCAGGGAUUAUGAAAUAUGUGCAGAGUUUAAUUGUUGUAAAUUGUAGUGUUUAACGUGUUAUCUUUGUGUUUAAAAAAAAAAAAAAGCUCUGCUUGGAUUAUGAAUUGGGAAGAUUUUAAUGUAUUUAAUGUGUGUAAUUCAGCCGUAGUCAGAGCAAACCAAAUCCUGUGUGGGGAAGAGAGAAACUCAAAUCUAUGCGCUUCGAGAAACUUCGUAGUUUCUUCUCCCACUUCUAUUUCUGUAGCAAUGUUAUCAUCUGUGAUUGUGUCACAUGGGAAACAUUUAGAGACUAAUUUUGUUUAUCAUAGGUUGUUUUAAUUUCUAUAUCAUCUUGUGCCAAUUAUAGCUGUCUUUCUGGGAAAGCAGACAUUAAUUUACUGUCGGGUACUAAGUAAUAUUUAGAGAUUGUAAGGAAUAGCUGACAUACAGUAUGUGUCUUAGUCCUGUGUGGCACUCAUGCUAAAUUAAACAAUUGUUUUUGCUUUUGUAUCUUGAA